GUCUACGGGUAACACACACUUCCUGUCCAUGAGAGGGCAGUCCGCGUGGCGGCGCUGGAGUCGGGCCCAGCGAGUCAGCCGAGCUAACGGACUCCGGCUGAAGAGUGAGCGCCAGCAGCAGCAAGAGCGGCACCACCACUGCCAGACACUGCCGACAUGGACCGCCGGCCAAUCAUCGCCUUGCUCCUGCUGGUCGUCUGCGUGCACUCAGGGUUCUCGGUUGUGUGCUACCAGUGCAACUCGCAGUACGACCCCCGGUGCGGCGACCCAUUCGACCCGUACACCCUGGGCGAGGUGAACUGCAGCAUGAAGCCGCCGCUGGAGCACCUGGGCAAGAUCCAGCCCACCAUCUGCCGCAAGAUCGUCCAGAGAGUGUACGGGAAGACUCGUGUGGUACGCGGCUGCGGCUACCUGACGGAUGACUCGAAUUCCGACGGCCGCUCGUGCUUCCAGCGAUCGGGCACACACGAUGUGCACGUGCAGUACUGCACGUGCAACGAGGACCGCUGCAACUCAGCGCGCUCGCGGUCUGGCCCGGCGGCGGGUGCGCUGCUGGCGAUAGCGUUGUUGGCGGCUGGCGCAGGCGCUGGCGCCAGUGUGUCGGCUGCCCCCAGCGCCUUAUAACGCCGCCUCGCCGGCCGGCUGUCGCCACACCAACCAUCCGACCUCCAGGCAGCACCAGCAGCAAAGCCCGCUAGCAGAGACGCCACGGAACGCCAGUUAACCCGCGUUUGCAAAACCUCUCGCGUCGCAGUCGACACCUACGUCUCGCCACGACCCGUCACCCGCCUUCAGUUACGUUUCCCACACGAGCCUCGUACGCAGUGUCGUAUCGAAUGUUUAAGUUUAGAUUUCACACACCCAAAAUCUACUGCUUUUCAGUCUCCCCUGUACUUUCUUUUCUUGCAAAAUUCGCUUAGUUUAGAAGCGUUGCAGUCUGUGUUCAGUACCUCGUCGCAUUAAGCACGAAGUAAUCGCACAUUUACCACGGUUUGUGCGUUGGAAGUAUAUAUGAAACUGAUUUAUUUUUCACGAACAGCACGAAUAUUUCAUUCGAAUAGAGAGGCAAUACUUUCGGUAACAAAUACAGAAUGUCGGCAUGCAGUAAAAGAAAUUAAUGGCAAAGCGACAUGAGAAAUACUUCUUUCACUAAGCUAUUUCUCCGAUUCACAAGUCACACUGUCUCUAAUUUUGAUGUGGCUUACCGUACUACGGAACAAAAAGAACUGUACAUCGAUUGAUUAAUUAAAUUUAACUGUUUAGACAGUACGACAUCCAAUCGACAGUCCAAAUCAGCCAAUAUAAAAAUCAGUACAACAAAGGUACUAAGCAACAAUUGCUUCAUACUCGGCUAUUUCGAUAGCAGUCAUUAGCCUAUAGAUAUUGUAAUUAGACUGUUCUGCGUUAAAAUUGUAGUGGUGGAACUGUGAUGAGAAGAACCAUGUAAUUCGUACAGAAAUUACUAGACCAUUUAACUGUGUUACGACACCGGUGGUAUUGCAAAUGCGCAGUUUGUAGCGAGGAAAAAACACAAUGUAGCAUAAAAUGUAGUAGGCGUCACGCUUGAGGAAGACGUUUAAUGCUACAAGAUUGCAGCAGAGCAGAAUUUUGCCAGAAGGAUUAUUUGAUUUUUUUUUUUUUUUCAGAUCACUUGCAAAUUUCUUACCAGAUGACGUAUGAGGUUGCCUGCGUGUAGAUGCGUUAAGCCUUUGAAAAAAAGUUCUAUUUAAAAGUUAUAAUAAGUAGGGUCUUAAGUAGUUAAGUGUAUUUGUAAACCAAAAGUAUUAUGAUCAGCAGCUCGUCUGUAGUUGGAUAGUUGUAUACACGAUGGAAAAUAGUUCACGAAUGAGAUCCAGAAAUACGUAUCAACCACAGUGAGGAAGGGAAACCGUAAUAUUAAAGACACGUUGCUGGGAAGUGUUUCAAUACAACGUGAAUUUUGCUUACUACAUGUGGCUCAUGCUUGAUCGAUGUAAAGAAUGAAACUGCAAUUUUGAUAAAGUAAUAUGGUAGAAGCUAUAUAAUGUGCGUGAAGUGUGGCGACAUUGUUUGUUUCUUCAUCUUUCAUUUUUGUGUCGCUGAUAAAAUGUUAAUUGUCAUGGGCAAUAACUAUAAAGCAGAGCAAAAGAAUUCAUGUAAUUAUUAAAUGUUCAGUUAUUGUGUUAUAUUUGCAUGAAUAAAAAAUAAUAAGAACUAGAAUGUUACAACUAAUGAUAUUCUUCACGUACCUCAUAAAAAGGAAAUGUAAGUAAUGUUGGUUUAGUUACAAAUAUUGUAGCUUGUGACGUGAAAUCUUUUGAGCUUUCGGUUAAGUAACCAUUGCAUACUCUGUAAGGAAAAAAUAAUUCUUUACUAUUUUUUUAUAAUACACUUGGAGACUGCUCACAAUAAGAACAACAGGCUAUGUUUACAACAAUUAUGUUAAUCUACCAUUUUUGAGUUAAUUAAAACACUACGAUAUCAGCAUUAG